AUGAUAUAGAGUGAGAGAUAGGAAAGCCAAAAAACAGAGCGGUAGGAAACGUUGAGCUGAAGAGCGGGACCAGCCCGCCAUUAAUGCAGUACUCUGAGCCUUCCUUCACAGCCCAACCCUCUCUCCAUCACACCAAAAGCUUUUAGUCAACUUGCUCCUGGUCAGAAAAAGUUUUCUGUUCUGUAUAUCUGCUCAUUAGAAAGCAGAAAACCAUAACACUCGAAACCAUAAACAACCCACCUCCCUCUCUGUUAUCUCUCUCUCUCUCUCUCUCUCUCUCUCUGAAUACAUUCCAGUUUUCGAAAAAAAAGAGGUGGAGGGUUUGAGGAAAGCUGGUUGUUUUUUCUAGGGCUAGAAUUCAUGGGGGUCUGCCUGAGCGCCCGAAUCAAAGCUGAGAGCCCUGCAAAUACAGGUUCAAAAUUCGAAAGCAAUGAUGGGAGCCUCAGCGCAAGCAGUAAGGUCUCAUCAUAUACGGCACCUCCAACUCCUCGGAGUGAGGGUGAGAUCUUGCAGUCUUCCAAUCUAAAGAGCUUUAGUUUUAACAACCUCAAAAUGGCCACAAGGAAUUUCCGUCCUGAUAGUGUGUUGGGAGAAGGUGGAUUUGGUUCUGUUUUUAAGGGGUGGAUUGAUGAAAAUUCGUUUACUGCUGCAAAGCCUGGGACUGGCAUAGUUUUGGCUGUGAAACGGCUUAACCAAGAAAGUUAUCAGGGUCACCGAGAGUGGUUGGCAGAAGUGAAUUAUCUAGGACAGCUCUACCACCCGAAUCUCGUGAAACUAAUUGGCUUUUGCUUGGAGGAUGAACACCGACUUCUGGUGUAUGAAUUCAUGCCUCGGGGCAGCUUGGAAAAUCAUUUGUUCAGGAGAGGCUCUUAUUUCCAUCCUCUUUCUUGGAACCUCCGCAUCAAGGUUGCCCUUGGUGCUGCAAGGGGUCUUGCUUUUCUUCACAGUGCUGAAACAAAAGUGAUAUACCGAGACUUCAAGACGUCGAACAUCCUGCUUGAUUCGAACUACAACGCAAAACUUUCCGACUUUGGUUUGGCCAAAGAUGGGCCAACGGGUGAUAAAAGCCAUGUCUCUACGAGGAUCAUGGGUACCUAUGGAUAUGCAGCACCGGAAUAUCUAGCCACAGGUCAUCUAACUGCCAAGAGCGACAUCUAUAGUUUCGGAGUCGUUUUGUUGGAGAUGUUAUCUGGCCGGAGAGCAGUUGACAAGAACCGGCCAUCUGGAGAACACAAUCUGGUGGAGUGGGCUAAACCCUUCCUGGUAAACAAGCGUAAGAUCUUUCGCAUCAUAGACAACCGUCUAGAAGGUCAGUAUUCAAUGGAUGGAGCUCACAAGGCAGGUAUCCUUGCAGCAAGAUGCCUGUCCACAGAAUCCAAGCUCAGGCCAAACAUGGAUGAGGUUGUAAAAACACUUGAACAACUGCCAGAUUAUAAUCCCACCGGAGGCACUCAGAGUAAUGGUCAAAGGAUGCGCAGACGAAGUGCAGACGAUGCUAGCAAGGCCAAGCGUGCAGCAGCAGCAGCAGCAGCAGCAGCUGAUGCGAUAAAGGCAGCUAACGAGGCAAGGAAAACUGUCGCCUAUCCUCGGCCCUCUGCUUCCCCGCUUUACGCUUGAAAAUGGCAAAAGCUGCAAUAUACGAAUGUUCGUCCUGUGGGUGUACAGUUUAUUAUGGCUAAAUGUUAUUCAAAUUUCAACCCUUUCUUGACAAAUUAGGCGAGCUUGUAAAAUGAGCAUUGCCAUGAUGUAUCUUGUUUAUCACCAAAUUGUUACUUUGGCUUGGAAUAGUAGGGAUGCAAGCGCUUUUGUUCGA